UACGGCUACUUACCCACCGAGUGGACGAGCGUGUUGUUCGCGACACUGUUCCUUAUCACAGCCGUCCUACACCUCAUGCAAGCGGGGAUGUACCGCAAGUGGUGGUUGUUUCCGACCGUUGUUCCCGCAUGCUUCGGCGAGGUGCUCGGAUGGGCAUGCCGAGUCUGGUCAUACCACAGCCCUUUAAAGCUCACUCCUUACAUGGUUCAGACGGUCGUCUUAGUGAUCUCACCUACGUUUCUAAUCGGAGCGCUGUUUAUCACAUUCGGCAAGAUGUGUGCACAUCUCGGGCAGCAGUACAGUCGCAUCAGCCCACGUCUCUAUGCGAGGAUUUUCUUCACUUCGGACGUCGUGGCGCUUCUUGUCCAGUCCGCCGGCGGCGGUAUUGCCGCCAGCAACCGGGGCCCAGAGGGAGGCCAUAUCAUCCUCGCUGGUGUAACAUUUCAGUUGGCCUCCCUGUCCGUAUUUUGCGCCCUCGUCGCGGAGUAUGUCGCAAGAUGGAUCAGGGAUCAGCCGUUUGAAGGCAACACGGCUUCGAACGACUCCGUGAGCGACUCCGCAACCAUCUAUGAGUCUGCUGUGUACCGAACCAUCGAGCUUUCAGAGGGGUUGGAAGGGCGCAUUUCCAGAAUGCAGCCUUUGUUCGUUGCGUUUGACGGCACGAUGGUGCUGCUUGCAACGGUCUUUUUCAGCCUCUACCACCCGGGUCGUAUCCUCAAGAACGACCUGGAGCUCGCGGUCAAAAACGAGGAUACAAGGUCUCGGGAACUGGCAUAG